AAGUCAGCAGCUUUAAUGGCAACAAAACAACUGCUGUGUGCUUCGGACUUGUGUUCUUAAAAUUGUCCUUAUCAGUCGCUUAUCGCCACUUGCUUUCUUGUAAUUAGUACCUUAGCUGGAGGAAGAGCGCAGGUUUGUGCUUUUUGUGUACUUCAACUUGUUGAAUAGCAGCACCCUGCCCUCUGCGACGACUGCGCAGUGUUCAAGGUUCAGGAAGAUAAGGAGAGGUGAAUGGCUGACGCGUAGCUCGUGUUAUGUUACCAAAGGCUCGUAUCAGAUUACUGUUGAGAGCAGAUUGGCUGAAACCAGAGCUGUAUUCCGAGAGCCGGGGCUCCAACAACCAGGAACUGCGACUGGAAAAGGUGUGUUGAAGAAGCUAAAGAGACCUGUACAGUGCUACCUGUUGUUUUGAAUUUGACGAACGUUACUAUGGGUGAGAAGACACAACGCAGCCUUUUGCUUUUGCUGUGCUUGUCUGGGCUCAUUCACUGUUCGGCCGCAUUGGUAUUUUGGACCGCAGUGGUGGAAAUUAACUAUUUAAUCAGUCCCAACAAGACUGUGGACCAAGAGUGUGAAUGUGGGAUUUUUGGUAUCAACUCUCCGCUUUCAUCAGCUGCAGGUGUGGUUGUUCUUUCCAACUUAAGUCCCACAGGCCCCACUGGCUGUGGCACUGAUCCUGUGUACAAUGUCACUACAUCACCCUGGAUAGCGCUCGUGAAAAGGGGGGACUGUGAUUUCAGCAAAAAGAUCAAUAUUGCCAGACGUCAUGGUGCAUCUGCUGUGGUGGUGUACAAUGUGGAUAACAGUGGCAACAACACCAUCCGCAUGGCCCAUUCGGACGCUCUGGGUAUUGUGUCCAUCAUGAUCGGCAAUAAAAAAGGCAUGGAGAUUGUCAACUUGUUGAACACCGGAACAGAAGUACGGAUGGUCAUCAGCAUGGGCAACCCUCACGGCCCCUGGUUGGACACCUACUGGCUGUAUUUCAUGUCCAUUGCCUUCUUCAUUGUCACAGCUGCCUCAGUGGCCUACUUUUUAUUUAUCUCCGCGAACCGUCUCCAUAACCUACGUAUGCAUCGGCGUGCUGAGAGAAAGCUGAAAUGUGAGGCCAAGAAAGCCAUUGGGCGUCUACAGGUGCGUACGCUGAAGAGAGAUGACAAGGAAACAACUUGUGACUCUUACAUGUGCGCUGUGUGCAUCGAGUCGUACAAAGCGAGCGAGGUGGUGACGGUGCUCACAUGUGACCAUAUUUUCCACAAAGCCUGUAUUGAGCCGUGGCUUCUGGAGAAAAGGACAUGCCCGAUGUGCAAAUGUGACAUCCUCAAGGCCCUGGGAGUUGAUGCGGAGGAGAAACAGAGCAUGGCCCAAGCUUCACCACAAGAGGUCACCGUCAUCACAGUGGCAGGAGGAGAAGCCAUGUAUGAGGUCCCACUGACUGACCCACUCAGCACUGACCUGGAGAGACAGCAGCACCACUAUGACAACAGGGCCUUUGAGGAGGAGCCUACCAGAGGACAGUGACACCACAGUGGUUCAGUGAAAUUAAAAUUAUAAUUUUUUGUUUUUGUUUUUGAUGCAAUAAAUGCACACUUUGGAUUCUUCUUCACAUGGUGAAAUUGCUUGUACAAAUCCAAAUGGUACCGCACCUUGUGUAAUUAAGUUGGAUGCCAAUUGUGGGUGUGUUCAUCAGGUUAUUUCCUAGUUUUGGUGAGUCAUUCAAAACGAGUUGAGGCCAGCUCGUGUUCAAUUCCGCUUUGCUUACAGAGUCAUCACUGUUUUAAAGGAGGAAGAGCAACAGAGCAUUUAUCUAUCUGUUCUGCUCAAGUUGUAGUCUUCCACAUACUACUUUUCAAAAGCAAUACUUAUUGUAAUUAUUUCUGGCUUAACAAAAUAACUUAAUAAAUGUCAGGUUGUAUAAAUGUAUUUUCAAAUACAUUCUGGUAAACACACCCUUGGUUGCAAAUUCAGCAUGACACAUUGUAAGUGACGAGUGAAGAACAUCAUGGUAUAUAUUGUAUUAAGUAAGCUACUUCUAUAUAUAGAACUGGAAAUUCCCACCAUAAAAAGAAUAGGCAAUAAAGUGGAGGUCUUUGAUACUGGUGAUUGUAUAUUUGUAUAACAGAGGGAGAAUGAUCUUCAAGUGCACUAAAAUUCCAUCUAUA